UGUGCUUUGCAGGUUGCAGAUGAAUUGCUAAAAGAAACGAAUGUAAGGAGGUCAUCGGUUGGUCAGGAUGCAUAUUUACGCACGACAAACGGCGAAAGCACGAAAAGUCUUCAAGAUACCCGCGAAGCGAAUGCAUCAACAGGAACAUUAUUGGCACCAAAUGUUCGGAAAUUUCGACCAUUUACGAUGAAUUUGAUGACCAAUGUUUCCAUUAUUUUUGCCGAUAUUGCUGGCUUCACGAAGAUGUCUUCAAAUAAAUCUGCCAGUGAACUGGUAAAUUUGCUCAACGAUUUAUUUGGACGUUUUGACUAUUUAUGUGGCCAUUGCAAUCUAGAAAAAAUUAGCACAUUAGGUGAUUGUUACUACUGUGUGGCAGGCUGUCCUGAACCUCGAGCUGACCAUGCUCGUUGUUGUGUUGAAAUGGGUCUUGCAAUGAUUGUUGCUAUCCAGCAGUUUGACGAAGAUCGCGGUCAAGAUGUUAAUAUGCGUGUUGGUAUACAUACUGGAAAAGUUUUAUGUGGCAUGGUAGGAAUGAAACGGUUUAAAUUUGAUGUUUUCUCUAACGAUGUAACAUUUGCGAAUGAAAUGGAAUCAACAGGAAUAGCUGGACGCAUACAUAUUUCAGAA